AUGGCAUGUGUUCAACACGAGUGCCUAUCGAUUCACAUCGGCCAAGCAGGCGUACAAGCAGGUAAUGCAUGCUGGGAGUUGUAUUGUCUUGAACAUGGUAUUGACCCGAUUGGCCGGAAGUCAACUACUGGUGACCUCGAUGCUGAUGCAUCGUGUCAAACUUUCUUUAACGAAUUAGAAUCCGGCAAACAUGUUCCAAGAGCGAUCUUUGUUGAUUUGGAACCGACUGUCAUAGAUGAAACUCGUUCUGGAAGCUAUGGAAGUCUAUUUAGUCCCCGUCAACUAAUUACCAAUAAGGAAGAUGCUGCUAAUAACUUUGCUAGAGGGCGCUACUCCAUCGGUAAACACGUUAUCGAUGACGUUAUGGAUCAAGUCAGAAAAUUGGCGGAUCAAUGCAACAAUUUACAAGGGUAUAUGAUCUUUAACAGUUUCGGAGGCGGGACAGGUUCUGGGUUUACAACUUUACUGCUGGAUGAACUUUCCAAAGAGUUUGGCAAGAAACACAAAUUCAUGUUCUCAUUCUACCCAUCACCGCUCGUUUCUACAACUGUUGUUGAACCUUAUAACGCUGUACUCUCUAUGAAGUCUGCCGUUGAAGACAGCGAUUGCGCAUUCGUAUUUGACAACGAGGCCAUUUAUGACAUUUGCAGACGAGACCUUGAUAUUGAACGUCCGUCUUACAUAAACUUGAAUCGUUUGAUAGUGCAAACUAUAUCAUCAAUAACUGCUUCAUUGCGAUAUGAGGGGUCGUUGAACUUUGAUAUGAACAAUAUUCAGACAAACUUGGUUCCCUUUCCCAGAAUUCAUUUCGCUACUUCUGCUUUUGCACCAACCCUGUCUUCUGAAAAGUCAUUCCACCAACAGUGUUCUGUUCCAGAAAUCACAAGCUAUUGCUUUGACACUGGUAGUCAGAUGGCUAAAUGUAAUCUUCGUAAUGGUCAAUACAUGUCCUGCUGUCUGCUAUAUCGAGGCGACGUGGUUCCAAAGGACGUGAAUGCUGCUGUUUCUAAUAUAAAACAUAGCGAGAAAAUAAAAUUUGUCGAUUGGUGUCCAACAGGCUUUAAAGUUGGCAUAAGUCACCAGCCACCGACGACAUUUCCGAAUGAUGACCUAGCUAAGAUGCAACACUCGGUCUGUAUGGUCAGCAACAAUACAGCUAUCUCUGAGGCUUGGGCUUGCCUAGAUCACAAGUUCGAUCUGAUGUACGCAAAGCGAGCCUUUGUCCACUGGUAUAUUGGAGAAGGAAUGGAAGAAGGAGAGUUUGUCGAAGCUCGAGAAGACAUGGCGUCUUUAGAAAAAGAUUAUGAGGAGAUCGAGAUGGACACGGACGUGACAAGCAGCGAAGAUGAAAUAUAGGUCGUCAGAUCAUUCAUCACCAUUAAUCUUAAUUUUGCAUUCUCAUGAGUUGACGUAAUAAUACACUUCUAUCCCGUAUUUUAUAUUUUGUAUAUAAACAUCCUGAAUGCCCAUCCUUUUGACUGGCUUUGAUUACCUUGCGUAUGUUUACGCGCACGCAGACAGUUACCAUGAUACACACUCGACUAUGACAUGAGAUUGACACUUUGACGAAUAUAUAAUUAUUAUCUACGGAAAUAAGGAUGGUGAUUUAGGUGUACGAUUUAAUGCCGACAUUAAUGAAAUUACCCAUCAAUCACUAUUGACAACAUUAUCUUGGAUGAACACUUAGGCGUAUUGUAAUGAAAAAUAAUAUCAGUUUAAUUAUUGGAAUUUAUUAUUUAAAUUAACCCACACCUUGUGAUAACAUUUGUUUUUAUUAGUGUAUAUAAUAAAUUUUUAUUAA